AUGUUUAGAAAUAUUUGGAUCAACCCACAACAUACCUCCCUCCAAAGAGUCCUAUGGAGACACUCUAAGUCUGACGCACUACAGUGUUUAGAGUUGGAUACUGUCACUUAUGGCACUAAAAGUGCACCCUACCUUGCUUGUCGCACAAUGCUAGACUUAGCUGACAAACAUAUGGUCACUCACCCUCGAGCAGCUGACUGUAUAAAGUCCAGUUCCUACAUGGAUGACUAUCUAUGUGGAGCACAAUCCUUACAGGAAUGUAUUCAAUUAUGUUCUGAACUGACUGACUUGCUAAGUAGAGCAGGUUUCCAACUACAUAAGUGGUCAGCCAAUCACCCCCACAUUUACUCACACAUAUUGAGUUUAGAUUCAACUACACAAAAUCCUACACUAGAAACUGAAAAUAAUUCAAACAGUUUUACACUAAUUGGAUCAGUAAAAACCCUAGGUUUGCAGUGGCUAUCUACACAGGAUACGUUGACUAUUUCUAUUCCUAAUUUUGAAGAAAAUGUCCCUUGUACCAAAAGAGGUGUUUUAUCUAAAAUUGCCCAAAUAUUUGACCCUUUAGGUAUUCUAGCGCCCUCUACUAUCUUGGCUAAGAUACUCACGCAAGAUAUUUGGAAGCAAAACACUGAUUGGGAUUCUCUAAUUUCCUCUGAUUUACAAGAAACUUGGAACAAGUUUAUUUCUCAUUUUCAUAAUUUGAAAUCGAUAAAUAUACCUAGGUACUAUUUCUCUGACAUACCUACACAUAUUAUUUUACUACGUUCCAGUGAUGCCUCUCACAAAGCCUAUGGUGCUUGCUUAUACCUAAAAGCGACAUAUCCUAAUAGUAAACCCACUUGUACACUUGUGACUGCUAAAUCUAAAGUUUGUCCUAUUAAAAAACAACAAUCUAUUCCCAGACUAGAACUCUGUGGAGCUCUUUUCCUAUCUAAACUAGUAAAUAGAUUCCAGGAUGCCACGAAAAAUAAAAUAAAUAUUAAUAAUGUCUAUUUAUUUACUGACUCAUCUAUUGUACUGAGUUGGAUCAAAUUACCCUACAAAAAUAAACAUAGUACAUAUGUCACACACCGUCUCAUGCUAAUCAUCGACACUACUUGUGGUUCUGGUCGAUGGAGGUAUGCGGGUGGUGAUGUCAGCUGGGACUGUAUGGGGGACCUUGGGAUGGUGUAA